AUGUGUUUAAAGCGUAGACCUCUUGUAUUUAAUCAUGAUAGGAUUAUUGAUGUCCAAAUGGAUGAUCGAGUCAAGAAUAAGAUUAGUCCGUUUCCCUCUAAUUUUAUUAAGACAUCGCAUUAUACAUUGAUUGAUUUCCUACCAAUGUCUUUGCUCCUUUAAUUUAAGCGCUAUGCAAAUAUUUAUUUUUUGAUUAUAGCAAUUUUAUAAUCAAUUCCUACAAUAUCUCCCUUAACUCCUCUCUCAGCCAUAGCUCCUCUAGUUUUUGUGCUGGGUGUUUCGAUGUUGCGUGAGGGUGUUGAAGAUUAUAACAGACACAAAAGUGAUACUAAAAUUAAUUCAGAGGAAACAACAAGAAUUUUUAUUUAAGAUAGUCUAGUUGAGGAAAAAAUAACUUGGGCACAAGUAGAAGUAGGCGAUAUUAUCAAGGUUUAUAAGGAUGAACCAUUCCCAGCAGAUUUAAUAGCAGUAGAUAGUAGUUAUCCCAACGGUGUUUGCUACAUAGAAACAGGAGCACUUGAUGGAGAAAAAAAUAUGAAACCAAAAUCGUGCCUCAGAGAAACUUAUCAAAUUUUUAAGGAAUGCAAGUUAGAGUAAAUACGCAGCUUAAAGUUAUAAGCUGAAAAACCGAACCCUGAAUUAUAUAAAUUCAAUGGGAGUAUUGAAGGUCUAUUUGAGGAUGAGGUAAAAUUAGAAAAAAAGGCAACAACUUAAAAUAGCAAAGUAGGAGCUCCUGUUCCUGGUCUUAAAUAAUAAGAUAGCAUGUAGAAGAUUAUUGAAGAAGUUGAAAAAAUAGUGGAUGAGGAAAAUGAGAAAAAGCAAAAAUAAACAAAUCCUCAACCAUAUUUGAAUAGCGAGCAAGAUAGUGCUCAUAAUACUUAACAAAAUAAAAGCCAAGUAAAUUAGAAAGUAAACAUUUCUACUCAAAAUGGUAAUCAAACCAAGAGACAUCAAUCAUAUUCACCUUAAAAAGUGCUUGCAUCUGCUAAACAAUUGCUGUUAAGAGGUGCCUUUUUGAGAAAUACAGAUUAUAUCCUUGGAAUUGUUGCUUAUACAGGUUUGGACUCUAAAAUUAUGAGAAACUCUGAGCCACCCAAAUAAAAAACAUCUGAUAUGGAAAAAACAAUGAAUACAUAUAUUAUAGGAAUUCUCAUUCUUUAGAUGAUUUGCUCAUUUUUUACUGCUGUUCUGAAUUAUAUUUGGAAUUCUAAUAACUUAGAUGGACAUUGGUACUUAAAAGAUGAUUCUUAAAUUAAUCAAUAUGGAGCACUGGCUAUUUUAUAUUUUUUUACUUAUUUUCUACUAUAUAACACUAUGAUACCUAUUUCUUUGAUUGUAUCUCUUGAAAUGGUUAAGGUGGCAUAAGGUUAUUUUAUUACUAAUGAUAAAUAAAUGUACUGUGAAGAGAAAGACAUUUGGCCAAAAGUUAUGACAACAACAAUCAAUGAAGAACUAGGAUAGGUAGAAUAUGUAUUCUCAGAUAAAACAGGAACUCUUACUUGCAAUGUAAUGGAGUUUAAUAAAAGUGUAAUUGGUCAUAAUUUAUAUGGAGACUCAGGAGAAAAGGACCCUAAAUUACAGAAAAAAAAGUAGGAUCAUGAAGGCGAUAAACCAAAAAAGCAUAAAUUAACUUCUUUUAACUUUUACGAUCGCCAUUUGAAUGAAUUAUUAGCUGAAGCUAAACACGAUUCGAUAGUUAAUUUACAGCUAAAGAGUGAAGAUGGAAAUAGUUCUUAUCUAAUUAAAACUUAGCGUGACUUAGCAUGCGAAUAUUGGAAGCUAUUAGGAACUGCUCACGAAUGCAUUAUUUAAAGAGACAAGGAAACUAAUGAAAUAGACUAUCAAGGCCCAUCUCCAGAUGAAAUAACUCUUGUUGAUGCAGCCAGACAUAUGGGAUUUACCUUUGAAGGAGCCUCAAGUGAUACCAUAGAUAUAAAUGUGAGAGGUAUUAAGUAAAAGGUCACAUUAUUGAAUUCAUUUGAAUUCAAUAGUGAUAGAAAAAGAAUGUCUGUUAUAAUAAGAGAUGGAAACGUUAUUAAGCUUUAUAUUAAAGGAGCAGAUAGUAUCAUAAAAUCUAGGUUGCAUACAGACAAAUAAUAGCCUUUCUUAGAUAAAACUAAUGACUAUCUCACACAAUUCAGUCUUAUAGGGCUUCGUACCCUUAUGAUGGCUAUGAGGGUUUUGAGUGAAGAGGAGUAUUAAGAUUUCAAAAGAAAAAUGAAUGCUUUGGCUGAUUCAGAAAAUCGUGAAAGGGAAAUGGAUAAAUUAGCUGAUUCUAUAGAGAGAAAUCUUAUUUUAAUUGGUGCUACUGCAGUUGAGGAUAAACUUUAAGAUAAAGUUCCAGAAACAAUUUAUGAUCUUAUUAAGGCCAAUAUUAAGGUUUGGAUGCUUACUGGUGAUAAGCUAGAAACAGCAGAAAAUAUUGCAAAGAGCUGCAAAUUAAUACAAAAUGACAUGAAGAUUAUUCAAAUAUCUGAAAAAGAUGAAUAAUCUCUCAGAAAUAAUUUACUUGGAACUGCUAUGGAAAAGUUUAUUCAAUUAAAAAAUGAUUAAGCUAAAAAAUCUAUGCUUGUAGAAGGAGAUUCACUGACAUUAAUUUUUGGAGAUGUUCAUUUAUAAAAAGCGUUUUUGAAGAUCUCUAAAGAUUGCGAAUCUGUUGUUUGUUGUAGAGUUACUCCAAAAUAAAAAGCACUUGUAGUUAGAUUGAUAAAAGACAACUUAAAAAAAAUUACACUUGCUAUUGGUGAUGGUGCUAAUGAUGUCAAUAUGAUACAAGAAGCUCAUAUAGGAUGUGGUAUUUUUGGUAAUGAAGGUAUGCAAGCUGCAUAAAGCUCAGAUUUUGCAUUUGGUGAAUUUAAAUGUCUUUGGCGUCUAGUUUUAGUUCAUGGCAGAUGGUCAUACAUUAGAAUAGCUGAAAUGAUUAUUUACUUCUUUUACAAAAAUAUGUUAUUUACAAUUCCAUAGCUGUACUUUUCAUUUUAUAAUGCAUUUAGCGGACAAACUAUUUUUGAUGCUUGGUUUAUUUCUUUGUAUAAUUUGAUUUUUACAGCUUUACCUUUGAUUUCUAGAGCCGUAUUUGACUAGGAUGUUAAUUAUAAAGUUACUGUCGACUAAGUAAAAAUGGGAGAAGAAGACAAUCGUCUUUAGUCAAUUUUAGAAAGAAAGGAGUAGUAUUUAGAAAAGAAAUUCCCUACUUUCUACUAUACAAGUUAAGAUAAAACAAUAUUUACAGAUUCAAACUUCUUAUCUUGGGUAAUUUAAGGGUUGAUUCAUGGUCUAAUCAUUUUCUAUUGUACUUAUUUGACUUUUGAUUCCAUUACUUUUUCAAAGGAUGGUCUCUCUACAGAUCUUUGGAACUUCUCUUUAAUUAUAUUCACAUCGAUCAUUUUAGUGGCUGAUAUGAAAAUUGCUAUGUUUACAAGAUACUGGACUUGGAUUACAUACUUUACUUUUAUUUUUAGUAGUUUAAUACUGUACUUUGCUUUUUUAUUGGGCAGUUAAUCAAUCGAAACAAGUGAAGUCUGGUUGACACCUUUUUAGAUGUUUUAAAACUCACAAUUUUACUUUAUAUUAUUUGAGACUUGUGGAAUAAUUUUGGCUUUUGACAUGACUGUAUUUGUUUCUAGACAAUUUUUAACAAAGCAGAGAAUAUUAGGUUACAUGAGAUUUUUAAAAUAGCCAAAUGUAAAUCUUGAAAAAAAGCCCACAUGGGCAGAAGACAUGAGUCUUUUUAAUUCGUUUUACAAUAUUUAAGACGCAAAAAAUCAAAAUAAUGGAUAAGUUUAUCUCGCAAAUAGUGGUGAAUCUUAACCAGAAAAUGGAGACUAGAUGAAAAAAAUAGACAAUAAAGAUCUUGUAAAUCAAAACUCUUAAUCGCCUAUGAUUAAUAAGUACUAACCUUAACACAGCAAUGACAACAGAUCCAAAAAUAACUAAACACCUUUAAAUGGUAAUCCAAUUUAAAUUUAAAUGCAAUAGUAUAACAUAGGCGGAGGAGUAGGUUUUGGAGACUCAAGUGCUGAUAGACUGAAUUAAGAAUAGCAAUAGAUUCAAAUUUAGAAUAAUUAAAGACCGGCAUAACCAAACCACGCAGGAGGUAUGUAAAACACUACUCAAUAAUUUAUGUAGACGUAAGAAUUACUAGAUUUAACCAAUACUACAUUAUUUUAAAAAAAUAGUCAAUCUAAUAAUCAGGUGAUGGAAAAUCACGCAUUGAAUAACUACCUUGAUAAGAAACAGCCACAAUAAUAAUAGUAAUAAUAAUAAUAACAAUAUGAAAAAAGAAAUAGUUAAACAGAUGUUAAAUAAAAUAUGAAUAACUUUGGCUAUGUUGAAGAAGAAAUAAUUACAAUAUAGUCCAAAAAGAAAUCUUCAAAUUCUAAUGGUAAUACUAAUACAAAUAGCAAUGGUAUUAAAGGAAAUGGGAGAACUUCUGUUGGUAAUGUUUUGGAUAUAGGCAAUAACCAAAUUAAUUAAUUUGGUAAUGGUGAAGAAAAUGUAAUUGCUUCAAACAAAAGUAUAACCAGCCUCAAUAAUAGCGCACCUGGAUCUAAAAUUCAUCAUUUGACAUUUAAUUUGCAAUUAUAAAAUCGUUCUGAGAAAGUAGAAGAGACAUUCAUUUAUAAUGAAGUCAAAAGCAGUGCUAAAAAGUCAGAUAAUCUCUUACUAUAUUAAGACCCACAUACACCAACACCUAUAAACAAUUCUAUUGACAAUUUAAGAGAUUGA